GAGAAACUCAUUGGCGUUCACUGUACUAAUGGAAUCAAUAGAACUGGCUACCUUAUAUGUAGAUAUCUUAUAGAUGUUGAAGGCUGGGAUCCAGAGGCAGCAAUCCAAGCUUUUGGCGAUGCCUAGAGGUCAUCGCAUGGAUGGUCUUGUGUAUCUCACAGAUCUCAGAACACAACCAAUGAGAAGUAACCUUGGAAUGGAUGUAUGGGAUUCAGAUGAAGAUAUUAUUCCCCCACCACAUGCAAUGGAAGGACAUGUAGAGCGGUUCCCAAAUGAAGAUUUUCAGGGGUCUGGGAAAAGAUUAAGAAUUUAUGAUGACCACUCUCACAAUGAUUUGCAAGGACAGAUACAGUUGAGAGAUUUUGAUUUCAUUAAUAAGGGACCUGGACAAAGACGAAGACCAUUUCAUGACCAUCAGACUCAGGAUGAUUUAAGAGCACCAAUGCAGAUGAGAAAUUGGGACUACAGUAGGGGACCAGGACAGAGGCAAAGACCCUUUCCUGAUCACCAGUUUUAUGAUGAUUAUCAAGAAGACAUGCAGCUGAAGGACCUAGACUUCAGUAACAAGGGACCUGGACAAAGGUUGAGACCUUUUCAUGGACACCAGUUUCAUGAUGAUUUACAGGCAGAGAGACAAUCGAGGGACAUUGAAUUUAACAGAGGCCGUGGACAAAGGCAGAGAUCUUUUCCUGACCAUCCAUCUCACAGUGAUUUGCAGGAAGACAGUCAGUCAAAGGAUUAUGAUUUUGGUAGCAGGGGCUGUGGCCAGAGACGAAGACCGUUCCACGACCACCAACCUCAUGAUGAAUUUCAGACUCAGAUGCAGUUGAAAGAGUUAGAGUGUGUCAACAAAGGUCCUGGCCAAAGACUGAGAUCUUUCCAUGACUAUCAGUCACAUGAUGACUUACAGCCACAGAUGCAAUUGGGAGAUUUUGAAUUUGUUAAUAGGGGUCGUGGGCAGAGGUUGAGACCUUUCAAUGAUCACCAGCCUCACAAUGACUUACAAACAGAGAUGCAACUAAAAGAUUAUGAUAAUAAAGGUCCUGGACAAAGGCGUAGACCUUUUCAUGACCAUCAGCCUUAUGAUGACUUACAGGAACAGACUCAGUUAAAAGAUUUUGAUUAUAUUAAUAAAGGGCAUGGACAAAGGCCAAAACCUUUUCACGAUCAUCCAGGUCACGAUGACUUGCCACGUGAAUGGUGUUCAGACAGAAGUCAGUCUUUUUCUUCCCAUGAAAAUGUACCAGAACCUCAUUUCUCUUCAUCUCCUUCACUUCAGAGAGAUUAUGGGUCUGAUAAUGAUGACUUUAACAGAAGUUACAGUAAUCGACCAAAUUGUCCUGAAGACAAUAGGAGAAUGCAUCCCUCAGAUGAAUUUAAUAGAGGAAAAAACAGAUUUGCACCAUAUUCUUCACGAACAAUGCAUCCAUCUUCAUCUGUACACCAAGAAGAUACUUCAAUAGACUAUGAAAGAAAACCUUUUCAAGGUGAAACUACCAGAGAGAUGGAACAAAGUAAAAGAUUACCAGUUGUUACAGUUGAUUACAAUUAUGGUCUGCCAUUAGAUUAUGGACCUGAAGAGGAAGAGAGAACACAUUAUGACUUACCUCCAAGGGACCGCUACAACUGGAAAUGAAUAAAAAGGACAACGUUCGCUCACCUGAGACUUACUUUUACCCAUUUUACUUUGUCUGUGGACCAAGUUGUUUUGUUUUGGGUUUUUUUAAACAAAUUAGGAAAAUGCAAAUUUCAGUAGUAGAGAACUGGUCUCUAUUGUAAGAUUAGCUUCUACUGAUGUUUGGUUCUUUAAAUUUAUUAGGGUGUAUUUGUUAUGUGUAGUUGGAGACAAGGUCUCAGUACACGUGGAAUUAAAGUAGUCCUUCCUUUUAGUGAAAUUGGAACCCUGUACCUUAAAACAAACAAUUUUCUGAGUGAUUGUAGUUGUGUCUUUUGUUUUACAUUUCUUUAAAAUGUAUGUAAUUUCCAGAUGCAAAAGUCAUGAU